UACAACGAGGAUGCACAACCACCAACUUUAAUGACACAACGUACUUUGUGCAUUUGUUACAGUAAUGCUAUUUUAGUUCGUAAAUAUGCACAAUGCCUCAACAGGCAGUGGAAACAGCCUUCACCACCACAAAAGCAAUGCAACAAUUCUUCGCCUGAAGACUUGACAACGUGCGGAGGCAUCACAGAUGUGGACACGAAUGCGCUAAUAUCCGAAGAAGAUGCUCAAUGCGUAGAAUCAUAUGCGGUGGCUUUGCGUUUUUUUAGCCAUUCAAUGGGUCGAACCGGUAUUGAUGAAGCAAUUCUUGAAAGGCCUCCAUCAAAUGAACUUCUAGAAAAGCUAAAGCAAUACCAAAAGAUGAUCGCAAUGGCUCGAGCAAUGCGGGAAGCGAUUGAAACAUUCAUUCCUCUUGUAACACCAUUCAAUUUCUUUUACAUGUAUUCUGUCGGUACCAUGGACAUUCCGAGAAAACAAAAAGUAUUUUUUGAUGAUGCGUGCGCCUACCUCUUCGACUUGGGCUUAACAGAGGACAUUUUGGUGCAAUACUCGGCUCGUCUACGAUGUUGUGGUGUAAUGUACCUCAUACGUCGCAUUCUCAAUCGUCACUGCUCCUAUUUACCUGAUCAUCAGGAAUAUCACACACAAAGAACACGAUGUCCUUGUUGUACCCUCACUGAUUGGUCGGAAUUAUUGACAGUAAUGACUGGUGUUGAAGACAAUCUUGUGCUAAGGAAAGUUGCAUUCAUCUAUUGCUCCACUUUGUGCAGAGCCAGAAAAUUUGUCACCGAUCCCGAACACGCAUAUCCAUAUAGGGCUGCCUUCGAUAAGGCCAACAGGCCUGAAAUGCAUCAUGUUUCUUCAAGCAGACUGCUAACACACUUUCAAAUGGGCUUACUAUUUCCUGCAGCUUGCGCCUAA